UCGGUACCAGCAGUCUGGCCAAAGCAAGGCCAGGCCGAGAGACAUGGCAGGAAAUGCAUCGAAGUAUCACAGUUCUGGCGCUUGGAUGCUUCGGCAUCGCACGGGCCGACCUGGACAAUCUUUUUCAACGAAAGAAAGACUGCGAGACGAGAGGUGGAAGUUUGGUCUGGGUAGCGCUGUCGAUGGGCCACAGUUUGGAAGGGGACAUUUUCGAGGCUCUCCUCAUAGAACCUAUGAUUGAAAAUGCAGAAGAAGCACGGAAUCAUAUUUGCAUUCCGAGAAACUGUGCGGGACAGGUAGAAAUCUCCCAGGAAGACUGUGCAAAUGUGAAAGGUUGGGUGCUCCAGAAAUUGCUCGAGGCACAUCAAAACACGAAAGGUGGGCUAGGAUUUGACCAUGUCUUCCACACGGCUAUCCGUCAGCAUCCUUGGAUGUUCACCGGGGUAGAAGACAGCCUUGACAGCCAGAUUCUCCCAAAGCUGGCAUUUGCGCUGCCAAUGUCCAUGCAAAGGGCAGAGGAUGUAGAGAUAGCAGCGGCACUUCCACACCGUCCUUUUCGUCUCGCGAUUUUGAGCAGUCAUGCGCCGGUGGCGGGAGUCUUGGCAGAACAUGUGGAGGAGGUCGUCGAGGGCCCUGUGCAGGUUUUGUACUAUGGAUCCUGCUACCUGUGCGAGCAUACAUUCACUUGCCCUGAAAGACGGCAGGAAAGUCUGGCUGACGAGUCCUGUGAACACUUUCACAAUCCGGAUGAGGUACCACUGCAGACGUGGUUAGACAUUGCCGCUGACGUCGCGAGGAGUGAAGCCCAAGCCUCAUUCUUGAUGUGCUUUGGCCUCGCCUUGUGCCAUUUCUGGUUCAGCCUUGUCAUUGGAACACCACGCGCGCAGCUCCUCUGCAUGAACCCAUUGCAGGGGACACCCAGACACCUCGCAGGCCUGAUGCUGCUGGAUUUGCGGAGAAGAGUCAUGGAAGCCAAGCCAGACGACCAGGUGCUGCCACGUUGGUCAAAGAUGUGCCAGUGCAACGAGACUUCCACGUCUCGGUACCUCCUGGUCUUCACGACAAAUGCUGUGACUUCGGCCUUGUUGGCGUAUCAUGCUGGAGAGGUCUCCUCUCGCGUUCCAGUGACCACCCUCUUUCGACAGAAGCUGAUGGGAUGGAACCUGCCAUGGCAUCGUUCCAGGACUAUAUUGCUCACCUCCAGCUUCAUCUUGCAACUGUCAACCGUGUACCUGGCCUUCAGAAUGGCAUUGCAGCUUUAUUUGGAGUCGGAGAAUCUCUACGAAGUGGUAGAGCACAGGCAUGAUGUUUUUUGGACUUUGCAGGGCGAAGCUGAUGCAGUAGGCUUUUUCCAGCAUGCUUUCACGGUCUAUAUUCCGGAACAUCCCUACAAGAACUAUUUCAACGAUUUAUAUGCCAUGCGUCUGCCAAUCUUUACACCGAGCAUCCACUUCCUGGCUCGUUUCUGGCCAGAAGUGCAGUCUCUUGAUUCGGCGGGAACCUACGAUGGAUGGUUUGACCGCACCUUGCCACGGACCAGACUCAUGCUGUCUGGGACCGAAGCUGAAGUACCGGAACUGUUGGAACCAUUUGAUCUCAGCAGUGAUGGCUACAACAAAGCCAGGCUCUGGCUGGAGCCAGCGGAUUAUUUUCAUUUUCCCGGCUUGAUGCAUUUCAACAGCAUUGCGGAUCUUCAUCGCAAAGUGGCCACAGAAGCCUUGGAGGCAUCUUUGUUGGAGGCCAGACGGGUCAUGGCUGACUUUGCACGCCAGAGACGUGCCGAGAGCCUGCAGUACUUUGCGUCAGCCAUGUAUGGAAAGACAGGUGGAUGGGCGGAUCAGGAGUCUUUUGACAUGAGAUUUGUACAGAUUUGUAGGAUUCAAGGACGGCUUGUUGGUCUAGGCGCACGAACGAUCCGUGGAUGCCGACUUGCUGUCUCUGGUUCUCAAGCUCCAGUGCUGCCGGCCAGUUGUGGGCCGGAACCAUUUGCGUUUCAAAGAUACAUGAAGGUUGGCCUUAAAGACUACCCUCCCUGGAUACGUUUCCUAGCGCAGCAGCGACAACCGCUGCUAUUUGGUGCAAACUCACCCCACCCCAAUUCAGGCAUGUCGCUGCCAGGGCCGUCACAUGACGAGGACCCCGUGGUCUUGUCAAAACUCCUCCACGGGGUGGAAGUCCGCUUGGAUCAACUGUCAAACCAGGUGGAGGCGUGCUUGUGGGAGAUUCUGAGCCUCAAAGAUGUCAGAGAUACAGUGUCCAGGCCAACAGUGGAACGACGCUUCGCGCCGCGCUCGUCUAUCUUGCCGCAAUUGCACCACACGCAUAGUGACAUGGACUCCUACGGCGACUCCUACGGCGACUCCUACUGCCGGGCUUGGUCAUUGCCUCACCCAAGAGCCUCACGGCUAUCGACUUUCUCCGAGGUCGCCUCUUUGCGCAACGAAAUGGUUAGCUUCCGGGACCACCAUCCAUCUGGCGCAGCAUCUCCUGAAGAUUUAAAGGUCCAGAAGGAGGAGAAACCACGGCGGUUGUUCCGGCCCGUGCGUGGCGUUGACCUAAAGAUUGCCUGGCAGAUCCACGCGCGUGAGAUGAGGAAUGCUGAGUGCGAUGAAGAAACGCGUCCGAUUAUGCGCCUCUUAUACCGCAGUCGCUGUGCCUGUCUCUGGGAACUCGUGGAUGAUCCAGAUUCCUCCAGGGCGGCCUGGUGGCUCUCUGUCUUUUUAAAGAUGGUCGUCUUCAUCAACAUGGCAGUUGCCUUUUUCCAAAGCACCAAAGGGCACAUCUUCAAUGCGACGCUGGGUGUGGUGGGAACGUUCUGUGAUGUGGUCUUUUGCUUGGAAUUCCUCGCGCGUGUCAUUUCAGCGCCCUCCAAAGUAGUUCUCAUCAAGGAUCCGUUCAACUGGACUGACUUCCUGUCUGCUUUAGCGUUGCCCUUGAGGAUCUCAUUUGCCUUGCAUCCACAGCUUAGAGCUGCAGAGGUGAUUCUGCUUUUCUUCUUGCCAGUGGUUUGCUCACUGAAACUGCUCCGCUACUUUGAGUCAUUUCGUUUGCUGAUUGAUGCAUGUCGCAAUUCUGUCCCUGCACUCCCUGUGCUGGUUUACACCAUGAGCGUCAUCACCCUCCUUUCGUCCAGCGCAAUCUACUUAGUGGAAUCUCGUGACAAUAUCCCAAGCAUGCCACAUGCCCUUUGGUUAGCUCUCGUGACUGUUACCACGGUAGGAUAUGGCGAUUUCGCACCCAAGUCCACAGCUGGAUAUGUGGUGGUGUCCAUCCUCUCCUGCGUGAGCGUUCUUUUCUUGGGCUUGCCGGUCGGGAUUAUUGGCCACGAAUUCAAAGCUUGCUGGGAGAGCCGCUCCAGGGUAUUGCUGAUGACACGAGUUCGGAAAUGCUUAGCCAAGUGGGGCUACUCUGCUCAGGAUCUUCGAGUUCUGGUGGAAUUUGUUGACGAAGAUGGCGACGGAAACCUGAACCUGUCAGAGUUCAUGGCUCUCAUUAAUCAGAUGCGCAUCGGCAUUCGGGCCGGAGUUGCCAUCCAGCUCUUCAUGCUCUUUGACGAUGAUCAGAAUGGUUUUCUGGAUUAUCACGAGUUCUUGCGUCACUUGUUUCCAGAAGAAUAUGUACUAGACCAGCAGCAGCGGGCAAAGACUUUCCAAGAGCCCAACAAGCGUGUGAGCGAAGCUUUGAACCAUUUGGAUGCAAUGAGAGUCUCCCUUCGAAAUCAAGGCAGUGAGAAUUCAUGACAGCAUGAUUUAUUUGCACGGAAGAUUUGCAGGUACAGCCGGUACAGCUGAUUACAGCUGGCUCUUGAG